AUGAGAGAUAAAUUAUUUAUUUUUACACUAUCUCCAUUUUUAUUCGAGCAGGUAGAGGCACAAAAGUGGAAGAACAAGUGGAAGACCAAGUGGCAGACGAGCGGUAAAGUCAACAGCUUUAUCAAGUUUGUCCAAUCUCCAAAAAGCACCAAAGCAGUUGUCGCCUCCUCCACCACCAAAGCUCCAACCACCACUUCAACAACAACCACAACAACGACCACAACAACGACAACAACAAACAAUUUCUCAUCCUGUGAAUUGAGCGAUGAUAGCCUCAAAGCUGUUAGUAUUUGUUCUCCAUCAACUUUCGGAGUCGAUAUUCAUACUUGCGUUUUUGCCGAUUUGAACAUGGCGCCAGGUGAUGUUUUCUUCGCUGGAGCAGAUGGUCUUUCGACGGUUGCUGAUGGAGCAUCGGCGAAUAAUACCUGCCAGGGGACCCUUAGUGAUGAUGGAACGCACUACAACUUCGCAAUCAACGGAGAAAUCCGCGACUGCGGCACUGAAAUCUCUUCAAACGGCACCCACAUUGUCUUCAGCAAUAGCCUCCGCGGAACAGCUGGAGAAAUCCUCGGGAAAAUCACUCGACAGCGCGUCAUGAAUGUUCAAUUCGAAUGUCAUUUUGAGAAGGUUCAACGAGUCGCGCUGGCGGAUCCGAUUGUCGCGAAUUUGUUCCAAGUGACACUUGAUAAUGGAGAAGAUUUGUCGGAGUUUGAUGUGUCUUUUGGAAUUUAUGAGGAUGACUCUUUCAGCUCCUUCUUGGCUUCCAAUGCUACAACAAACGUCCCAAGCGACAUUUACCUCGGCGUCAGUCUCGACAAUUCAACACCUGGUUACGUCAUUCAAAUCGAAGAAUGCUGGGCUACUCCAAGCGACAACGCAGAAGACGCGCAAAAAUACAUGUUCAUGGAAAACUUCUGCCCAGUCCAAACCGAGUUCGACAUUGGCGUCAUCAAAGUUUUCGAAAACGGCGUCGGCGAUUUCGCGUCUCUUAGACUUGAAUCUUUCAUUUUUGAAAAUUCGACCGAAGCGUUUUUUCACUGCGCUGUUCAAAUGUGCGAUGAAAAUGCAGGACCUUGCAUUCCGAAUUGUGGAGCGAGAAGAAGAAGAACCGCCGGAGAGAGCGAGGAGGAUAGAAUUUUGUUGUCUGUUGGAAUCACUGGUGAAUAA